GGAGUUUGAAAUGGGGUCCUGCUCAACUGACACUCGACGGCGAUGGACUCCGUCAUCGAGACACAGCGACAGGCCCACGAGGACAUCGAGCGCUAUGAGAUAGUUCUGUACUCGUUGCUGGCGAGAAACCAGCCAACACACGAGACAAAAUUACAGUCGGAACACAAGGCUGCCCAAGUCCUCAGCCGCCUUUCUGCACGCGUAGCAGCUCUCAAGGCCCAGUACGAAGACGAAGACGCCAGAAAGGCAGAGACGGACGCUCUUACCGCCCCAACUCAACCAGGUGACCUUUCCGAGUUCUACGCGCGGUUGGUGAAGAUUCAGGACCACUACCACAAGUAUCCUGAUGUUGCAGCAGGAGGCUUUGACCCGGAACUUGCUGCUCUCCUCGAAGAAGGUAAUCAAGAUGGGUUAGACGACGAAGAAUAUGAAGAAGAAGAUCCCGUCGGACUGCUCUUCUCCGGUGAAGAAGCAUAUGGAAAAUACGUUGACCUGUAUGCCAGUCACACGGCCUAUAACAACCUCAAAAAUAUCACCAAACGCCUGUCAUAUCUCCAGUAUUUCGACGUUCUUCUGGCCGCUCAGCUUGGGAAGCUCCACGCCGAGUUAUCUAGAGAAACCCUCCGGACAAAGGAAUAUGAAUCGUAUAUCCAUUCCCUACAUGAUUAUUUGUUGUCGUUCACGAAGAAAACCCAACCCCUCGUCGACGUUGACUCCAAGCACCAAGAACAGGAGUUAGAAUUUCAGAAGAAGUGGGAGGCUGGGGAAUUUGGUGAAGACUGGGAUAGCCGCCUACCUGCUAAAUGUGGAGUUGACGCUGCCCAGAAUGGGGACAUAUGGUGCUCAGCUUGUCAAAAGGGCUACUCAAAGCAGACUGUUUACGAUGCACACUUGAGUUCCAAAAAGCAUGUCAAAGCGAUUGCGAAACAGGCUACGUCCAAUCAACCCCCACAAAAUCCUAAUGGCACGCCUUCCAGCCACUCUGUGAAUGGCGCGACGUCUCACCAGGGCCCCCGGAACGCUGCCAGAUGGACUUAUCUCGCCUCCUUCCUUCUCGUGGAGCUGGCAUCCACUAUCGGUGAUACGAAAUCCAACGUAGAGCGCCGCUUCUCUCUGACAGCAAGGGAACGCGAGCAAGAGCUGCUCGAACGAUCACAACCUAUCGCGCCUCCAGCAAAUAACGCGGAGAACGGUGGUGGUGAGGAAGAGGAGGAGGAGGAAAGGAUAUACAAUCCUCUCAAGCUCCCCCUUGGCUGGGAUGGCAAACCAAUACCUUAUUGGUUGUAUAAACUUCAUGGCCUCGGUGUGGAGUACAAGUGCGAGAUAUGUUCCGACCACGUAUACAUGGGAAGGAAAAAUUUUGAACGACAUUUCCAGGAACCUCGGCAUGCUUUCGGAAUGCGAGCUCUGGGUUUACCCAACACCAAACACUUCCACGAAAUCACUCACAUAGAGGAUGCGCUCGCUCUGGCCGAGAAACUGAAGCAAGAGGGCCGGCGUGAGAUUUUCGAGCAGGAAACUACGGAGGAACUGGAGGAUGAUGAGGGUAACGUAUAUAACCGGAAGAUGUACGAGGACUUGAAAAAGCAGGGCCUAAUUUAGUUGGUCUAACCCAUCGCCCCGGUAUUAUUCCGUGUACUUUACUCC